UUAUUGCAUUUGCGAAAAGUGGUUCUGCUUAAUUUAUAGGUAGCGGAAAUGUGCCUAAAAUCAAUGUGCUGUUCAUAUCCAGCUUACUAACCCGAAUGAGGUGAAUAAUGCUUCUUGACUUGGUCGACGAUAAAUUGUCUAAUCAUUGUGACUUUUUGUGAAUUAGAAUUUAUUUUAAAUUAGAUGAAUUAAAAAAAUAAAAAAACCAAAUUAAAAAGGAAGUUAUUGUUGCAAAUAACGUUGGCAACCCUAUUUCCUUCCUUCAAAAAGUCCUACCGUGUACAGAAAAUUUGGUUAACCAAUAAUAGUCCUGUAUAGAGACAAUUUCCGCGCAUGCGCCUGAUCCAUUUGAUUAGUCCUUCGGUACACAUCAGGCUUGAAAUAUACAAGUUAAUAGUCAAGUACAAUUUUGCUUAUUAUUAUCAAGAAAAUUUUAUAAAUGAGUCGUUCGUUCAACUAUUAUUUUUUCGUGCCACAAUUCAUACAUAUCGUUAACGUAAUGCCAUACAAGCGAAAUUAUUGAUUUGGAGUUUUUCUGUCCACCAAUAACAUUAAGUCAAAUGUACAGACCAGGCAAAGCAAUUUAAACAAAGAGAAAAUUAAAUAGAUAAAAUUUAGAUCCUAAAAAGUUAUAAACAGUGAAAAACAAUGGGGUGCUUGAGUAGUAAAGACCGUUUAACCAAAGAGGACAUGGAGUUUUUAAAAACCCAUACGAGAUAUGACGAAGCUACAAUUAAAGAGUGGUAUAAAGGAUUUAAGCAAGAUUGUCCCAACGGCCGAUUGACGCCAGCGAAAUUUGUCGAUAUGUACAAAAUGUUUUUCCCAUCCGGGAAUGCGGAAGAGUUUUGCGACCAUGUUUUUCGUACAUUCGAUAUGGACAAAAAUGGAUAUAUUGACUUUAAGGAAUUUUUACUCGCAAUAGACGUAACUUCAAGCGGAACACCGGAAGAAAAACUAAAGUGGGCCUUUCGAAUGUACGAUGUCGAUGGCAAUGGUGUCAUAGACAUACAGGAAAUGACCAAGAUUGUUCAGGCAAUUUAUGACAUGCUAGGAGCGUGCUCAUCUAAUCGUCCAGCUGACUCAGCAGAAGAAAGAGCAAAAAAUAUUUUUGCAAAAAUGGACGAAAAUAACGAUGGUCAAUUAACCCAAGAUGAGUUCUUAAAAGGAUGCUUGCAAGAUGAGGAGCUGUCUAAAAUGCUGGCACCAUAAACAAUUAUAUCCUACAAUAUGUGUGUAUUUGAUGAAAUCAGUAAUGAAAUGUAUAAAUAUUUAAUUUAUAUUUCUUAUACUAAAAUUAAACUACUAUAAAACUAUGAAAUCAUUAAAAUUUUUGAUUGUACUUCAUUAAACAACAUAUUAAUGCAUUCAUCUAUUUUUAGUUACUAGAGUUGUGAUGCAUAUAGUGUCGAUCUUCAUAGUUAUUCUUUAUCUACCCAUUAGUGCAUACUUCAUAUACAUUUAAUAGAUGCUGUUUAUAGACAAUUGGACUCUUCUUUUUUGCCAAAAGGCCGGCAGGCUUGAACUCGUAUAAACUGGAUAAUUGUGAUGUUUCUGAUCUGGGGAAAAUCUAAUUGGUUUACUUGAUCGAAAAUAUGUCAACUGAGUUCGGGCUUGUGUGUUUCACUUUUGGAUUGGGGAACAAUGUUUCGCUUAUAGUUAUACAUCUGCUUAUAUAUAUAUAGUAAUAUUUGUAUUGAUUUAGUUAUUGUAAAGCUAAUAUGGCUCACAAUGCUUUUAGUUUAUCUUUGAUUUAUGAACAAAUACUAUCUACUAUUUAACAGAUAUAUAUUAAAUAAAACACAAUGAAUGGUUUAUCUGGCGCAGUGUUAUUUGCGUCGUAUUUUGGACUGUUGAUAAUACUUAAGGUACCACCACAGAAUUAUUGGCAACAUACAUAAAAUAAUAUGAGUUAUAUCGGUCUGCAAGGGUAUUUAUCUUCGGUACCCGAUGAGAAAUUUUGUUGUUGUUUGUUAAUGAAUAUAUGUUUUAAAAAGCAAAGUUUAACUAAAUAAUUUAUUACAUUUUAAGAUUACUGUAUAAUGAAAUUAUUCUGCCACAAUGGGAAAGCAAAAUAGUAAACUUAAACCCGAAGUUUUGGAGGACC